AUGGCAACAUCAGCAGCUCAAUCCAGUUCUUGGACUUCCUUUUUAAAAUCAAUUGCCUCAUUCAAUGGUGAUUUAUCAUCGUUAACUGCCCCACCAUUUAUCUUAUCCCCAACCUCAUUAGUAGAAUAUUCCCAAUAUUGGGCCGAACAUCCCGAUUUAUUCGUAGAUGCAGACUUAUUAAGAGCAACUGAUCCUGAUAAUGAAGAAGAAGUUGAAGCAAUGGCUUUGAAAAGAAUGAUUGCCGUUACCAGAUGGUUUAUUUCAACUUUAAAAUCACAAUAUUGUUCCAGAAAUGAAAGUAUGGGUUCUGAAAAGAAACCAUUGAAUCCAUUCUUAGGGGAAGUGUUUGUGGGGAAAUGGGAAUGUGAUUCUGUGCAUGGUGAAGCAUUCUUAUUGAGUGAACAAGUUAGUCAUCAUCCUCCAGUUACUGCUUAUGCUAUUAAGAAUAUGAAACAUAAUGUGACAUUACAAGGAUAUAAUGGAAUUACUUCCAGUAUUUCAACAACAAGUAUUAAUAUUAAACAAUUUGGUCAUGCCAUAUUAGAAUUUCAAGACUUAGAUGAAUCUUAUCUAGUAACAUUACCUCCAUUACAUAUUGAAGGAUUAAUUACUGCAUCUCCAUUUGUUGAAUUAGAAGGAACUUCCUAUAUCCAAAGUUCUAAUGGAUUUAUGGCCGUGGUUGAUUAUUCCGGAAGAGGUUGGGUUUCAGGUAAGAAAAACACUUUUAAAUCCAGAAUUUAUCGUGAUUCAUUAGCAAGUGCCUACAAGGAAAACGCCCUUGUAACAAUCAGCGGUCAAUGGUCAGGUAAAUCAUAUAUUUCUCAAGGUUCAACAACUCCAACUAAAUACGAUGAAUUAUUUUAUGAUGCUGCCAAAAUAGCGGCACAACAUUUAAAGGUUAAACCAAUUGAAAAACAACAUGAAUUAGAAUCAAGAAGAGCUUGGGAAAAAGUGGCAGAAGCAAUUAAGAAAGCUGAUUAUAAUUUAAUUCAUCAAGAAAAAUCAUUGAUUGAAAAUAAACAACGUGAAUCAAGAAAACUUGAAAAAGAAGCUGGGAUAGCUUGGGAAACUAGAUGGUUUGAUAAAGUGGAUUAUUUAGAUAAUGGUAAUUCAAUUCAUGAUAAUUUUAUGAAUUUGACUAAUUUGGCUAAUUUAUCUAUUCAUAAUUCACCUUCUGGUUCGAUGAAGAAUUCAAAAUAUGAUGUUGGGGAUGCUAAACAUUGGAGAUUUAAUGAUCUUUUUACCUUUUUACUUUUUCUUUAA